AUGAUUUUUGUGCUGUGGCCGCUGCUGAUUCACGUCAGCGGAUGGCGGGGAGUCGCACCGAGCCCGACCGACGAGGGAGCACUGCGGGCCGGUCACGGGGAUCACGGAGACCCGGGACACCAGGAGCACCACAAGGACUCGUACAGCACUUUUGCCUCCGAGUUCUUAGAGUCCAAAUAUUUGUCUGAUGACGGGUAUCCUUUUCCCACUGCCCCACCAGUGGAUCCUUUUGCCAAAAUCAAAGUCACUGACUGUGGUGUGACCAAGGGAUGCAUCAGGUAUGGAAAGCCCGGGUGUGAUGCAGAAACAUGUGACUACUUCCUAAGUUACCGCCGCAUUGGGACAGAUGUAGAGUAUGAGAUGAGUGCGGACACUGACGGAUGGGUGGCUGUUGGUUUCUCCUCUGACAAGAAAAUGGGAGGCGAUGAUGUCAUGGGCUGCGUCCACGACGACAACGGUCGAGUGCGAAUCCAUCACUUCUAUAACGUAGGCCAGUGGGCUAAGGAGAUUAAGAGGAACCCUGCAAGAGACGAAGAGGGAAUAUUUGAAAACAACCGCGUGACCUGUCGUUUCAAGCGUCCGCUUUACGUGCCUAGAGAAGAGACGCUUGUGGACCUCCAUCUCUCAUGGUACUACCUGUUUGCCUGGGGGCCUGCCAUACAAGGCUCCAUCACAAGACACGACAUUGACAGUCCUCCAGUGAGCGACCGCAUGGUCAGUAUUUACAAAUAUGAGGACAUCUUCAUGCCUUCUACUGCCUACCAGACCUUCAACUCACCCCUCUGCCUACUGCUCAUAGUAGCCCUCACCUUCUACUUGCUAAUGGGAACACCUUAA